UAAAACUAUUUAUUUAUAAAAAUUAUUAUAAGCUUAUCAUAAAUAUUUUGAAUAAAUAUAGCUGUAUUGUUGAUUUUAUUGUGUUUUUCUGCGUUACAACCAUGCAGCUGCGACACACAACACAAAGCUCGCUGUUGUGAAAACUACAAGACCUUUCCUUAUGUCAGCGCUUUCCAUGCUUACUACUGCGUUCCUGCUCUUAUCCACAAAUACUGUGCGUUUUCGCCAUAUUAAAGAUUUUGUCGUGCGCGCUCUCUUCUACCCAUGUGCUUGUCCCUAUGCUGCAGCACUGUCAGUUUGAAUAAUUUGUCAGAAAAUUUUUUUAAGUGCGUUUGUCGUGAAAUUUCUAAUUGUUUGUUUUCAAUUAUUACUCACGAAAACGUUCCCCUUUCACAUGUGCAUCGUUCCCUAGCGAACAGUAGCGAAACAGGAAAGGCUCUAAAAUAUCGUAAACUAAAAAAAAUUAUUGUAACGGACCAAGUGUACACUAAAGAAACUCAGCGCUUGAUGCAGGAGCCUGUGCCCGGAAUUAAUGCCAUUCCUGAUGAGAACAAUGCGCGCUACUUUCAUGUUAUCGUAACGGGUCCAAAUGAUUCACCUUUCGAAGGUGGCGUUUUUAAAUUGGAAUUAUUCUUGCCCGAAGAUUAUCCAAUGUCAGCGCCAAAAGUACGAUUCAUUACCAAAAUCUAUCAUCCGAAUAUUGAUCGCUUGGGACGCAUUUGCUUGGAUGUACUCAAGGAUAAGUGGAGUCCAGCAUUGCAAAUUCGUACAAUUUUGCUUUCAAUUCAGGCGCUAUUAAGUGCACCCAAUCCCGAUGAUCCACUAGCAAAUGAUGUCGCAGAAUUGUGGAAGGUGAACGAGGCUGAGGCCAUCAAGAAUGCACGUGAAUGGACUCAGAAAUAUGCCGUCGAAGACUGAAGUGCAAAGUGAAGUGUUUGCAGCAGAAAACGUACGACGAUGAAAGCGGGCGGUGGAGCUGCAUGGAGUGUGGCGGGGGAAUUGGGCAUACCAUGGGAACAACACGUGAAUACAACGGCUUUUAAUUGGUAAACAAGUGAUGGGGUGGGGGGGGCAUGGAGUAGUUGUAAUGUGCGUGAAUCAAGAAAUGGAAUUAUGUAAUAACAAUUAAGUAGAGUAAUAAUAUUGCGUAAAAUAAUUGCUAACUGGCUAAAGAAGAACAACUUAUCUCCGGUAUGCUGUUAAUAUUUUUAAAACACUAUACACGUUAAUAUAUUGAGAUGCUGACGUCUUGAAUGUUUUUAAAAAUAAAACUCUACCAAGCAAAACAAAAACACUACAACAAACAAAUGAGUAUAAUAAAUGAAAUACAAAACAGUAAUAAAGUUAUUGAUAAUGCAAAAAAAUAAUUAUAAUGAAAUAAAAAGAAUUUCUAUUAGUACAUGCAAUAAAAUAUAAAUAUAUAUAUGUAUACUCUUACUACACACUUUAAUACAAGCUAAAUGAUAUGAUAAUAGUUUAAAUAGAGUAUAAAAACUAAAUGCUAAAUCACUUGUAAGAAGAUGCAACAACAACAACAAUAACUAUGCAAUUUUUGAUUCCAACUUUUAUACGGUCUACAUUUGGCUGCUAAGAUGAGCGGUUGAGUAAAGAGCGCAACACAACUUUUCAACAAAAUGCCGGUUGCCGCUUGCUACUGACUUUCGUCCACGUAUAUACAUAUAUAAUAUAUGUGGAUAAAAGUGUUGCACGUCGUUGUGCGCGCUCGUUAGCUAGGGCGCUGUGUGCUAUUUAUUCACAUUUUCUUUUAGUUGCGCUAACAAUAUUACGUUUAGCCGUCUAUUCAUAUAGCAAUUGUAUUCUUUUUUUGCAUUUUAAAUUCUAAGCCACUCUUAUACAUACUAUGUAUCUACAUGUAAGCACGCCGCAUGUUGACGUUGUAGAUAUUCUGCUUUAAGGAAGUUGCUAUUAAUAUUUAAUGAACAAUGAAAUUCGAUUAAUCAUUAGAGUUUGCACUUCAAAAAAAACACACACACACACUGAUGUUACUUUUAAUUUUGUAUGCUUAUAUGUUUCCUUAUAAUUAUUAGCAUUAUUUAAAAAAAUUCAUAAUAGGUAUUUUUAAAUUUUAGUAGCAUUUCAUAUACGCUGCAUAAAAGUCAAGGUGAAAGCAAACGUCAAUGUGAAAAACCUUUGACAGCAGCGCUGCAUGGCUUGCUACAUUUUCUAUUUGUUUGUGUGUAAAGCAAAAAUACCUUUAUAAAGUAAAAUAUAUGAAACAUUAAGAAUCUGCAUAAUUUUUUUUUAUUUCUUAAAGAAUUAGUUGAAAUAAACGCGAAACCUGAAUUGUAAGAUAAAAAA